AAACAGGAAGUCGGCCAGUAAGCCGGUGGCAGCAGCCGAAGCAGCCCGGGGCGGGGGACGGCCGGCGGGUCACCGUGCAGGGCCCUCACCUCCCCGUCGGUGGCGCGUCGGUCCUUGGGCGGCCGCUGGCCCAGCCCGGGCAGGCCCAUGGCCGCCAUGGUCCCCUGCUGGAACCAUGGCAACAUCACUCGCUCCAAGGCCGAGGAGCUGCUCUCCAGGACGGGCAAGGACGGCAGCUUCCUCGUGCGGGCCAGCGAGUCCAUCUCGCGGGCGUACGCCCUCUGUGUGCUGUAUCGGAAUUGCGUUUACACGUACAGGAUUCUGCCCAAUGAAGAUGAUAAAUUCACUGUUCAGGCAUCUGAAGGCGUCCCCAUGAGGUUCUUCACCAAGUUGGACCAGCUCAUCGAGUUUUACAAGAAGGAAAACAUGGGGCUGGUGACCCACCUGCAGUACCCGGUGCCGCUGGAGGAGGAGGACACUGGUGACGAGCCCGAGGAGGAGACAGAAUGUGUCCCAUCUCCACCUGAGCUGCCACCAAGAAACAUCCCUCUGUCUUCGGGACCCUGCGAGGCCAAGGAGCUCCCUGUCUCCGGUGAGAAUGGCCGGGUGGCUGAGGCCAGCAGGCCCACACUCUCCGAGACCUUGCUCCAGAGGCUGCAGAGCCUGGACAGCAGCGGGCUGCCAGAAGAGCAUCUGAAAGCCAUCCAAGAUUAUCUAAACACUCAGCUCUGCCUGGACUCGGAAUUUGUGAGAACCGGCUCUAGCAGUCUCCCGCAUCUGAAGAAACUGACCAUGCUCCUGUGCAAGGAGCUCUAUGGCGAAGUGGUCCGGACCCUUCCCUCCCUGGAGACUCUGCAGAGGUUGUUUGACCAGCAGCUGUCCCCCGGCCUCCGCCCACGGACUCAGGGGCCUGGGGAGGCCAAUCUGGUCAACAUGGUGUCCAAGCUCAGCCAACUGACAAGCCUCCUGUCCUCUAUCGAAGAUAAGGUGAAGGCCUUGCUGCACGAGGGCCCCGAGCUGCCCCACCGGCGCUCCCUCAUCCCCCCCGUCACCUUCGAGGUGAAGGCAGAGUCUCUGGGGAUUCCUCAGAAGAUGCACCUCAAGGUCGACGUUGAGUCUGGGAAGCUGAUCAUUAAGAAGUCCAAGGAUGGUUCCGAGGACAAGUUCUACAGCCACAAAAAAAUCCUGCAGCUCAUCAAGUCUCAGAAGUUUCUUAACAAGUUGGUGAUUUUGGUGGAAACUGAGAAGGAGAAGACGCUGAGAAAGGAAUACGUUUUUGCUGACUCCAAAAAGAGAGAAGGGUUCUGCCAGCUCCUGCAGCAGAUGAAGAACAGGCACUCGGAGCAGCCGGAGCCCGACAUGAUCACCAUCUUCAUCGGCACUUGGAACAUGGGUAACGCCCCCCCUCCCAAGAAGAUCACGUCCUGGUUUCUCUCCAAGGGGCAGGGAAAGACGCGGGACGACUCCGCAGACUACCUCCCCCAUGACAUCUACGUGAUCGGCACCCAGGAGGACCCCCUGGGAGAAAAGGAGUGGCUAGAGAUCCUCAGACACUCCCUGCAGGAAAUCACCAGCAUGACUUUUAAAACAAUCGCCAUCCACACCCUCUGGAACAUCCGCAUCGUGGUGCUGGCCAAGCCGGAGCACGAGAACCGGAUCAGCCACAUCUGCACAGACAACGUGAAGACGGGCAUCGCCAACACACUGGGGAACAAGGGAGCUGUCGGGGUGUCGUUCAUGUUUAAUGGAACCUCCUUGGGAUUUGUUAACAGCCAUUUGACCUCAGGAAGCGAGAAGAAGCUCAGGCGAAACCAAAACUAUAUGAACAUUCUCCGGUUUCUGGCCCUGGGAGACAAGAAGCUGAGUCCCUUUAACAUCACUCACCGCUUCACCCACCUCUUCUGGCUCGGGGAUCUCAACUACCGCAUGGAGCUGCCUGUCUCGGAGGCAGAGACCAUCAUCCAGAAAAUCAAGCAGCAGCAAUACACAGACCUCCUGUCCCACGACCAGCUGCUCAUGGAGAGGAAGGAGCAGAAGGUUUUCCUGCACUUUGAGGAGGAAGAAAUUACGUUCGCUCCGACCUACCGCUUUGAAAGACUGACUCGGGAUAAAUAUGCCUACACUAAGCAGAAAGCCACGGGGAUGAAGUACAACUUGCCCUCCUGGUGUGACCGGGUCCUCUGGAAAUCUUACCCCCUGGUACAUGUGGUGUGUCAGUCCUAUGGCAGUACCAGUGACAUCAUGACAAGUGACCACAGCCCUGUCUUUGCCACGUUUGAGGCAGGGGUCACCUCCCAGUUUGUCUCCAAGAACGGCCCCGGGACCGUGGACAGCCAAGGGCAGAUCGAGUUUCUGAGAUGCUACGCCACGUUGAAGACCAAGUCCCAGACCAAAUUCUACCUGGAGUUUCACUCCAGCUGCUUGGAGAGUUUUGUCAAGAGUCUGGAAGGAGAAAACGAAGAAGGGAGAGAAGGGGAGUUGGUGGUGAAGUUUGGCGAGUCCCUUCCAAAGCUGACGCCCAUCAUCUCUGACCCCGAGUACCUGCUGGACCAGCACAUCCUCAUUAGCAUUAAGUCCUCGGACUCCGACGAAUCCUACGGCGAGGGCUGCAUCGCGCUGCGGCUGGAAGCCACCGAAACACAGCUCCCCAUCUACACACCACUCACCCACCAUGGGGAGAUGACAGGCCACUUCCAGGGGGAGAUCAAGCUGCAGACCUCCCAAGGCAAGAAGAGGGAAAAGCUCUAUGACUUUGUGAAGACUGAGCGUGAUGAGUCCAGUGGGCUGAAGUCUCUGAAGAGCCUCACCUGCCACGAUCCCAUGAAGCAGUGGGAACCUGCCAACAGGGUUCUGCCGUGCAGUGGCUCCAGCGUCACCGAAGUCGUCAACCUCAGCUACAUGGGGGUGGGGCCUUUCGGGCCCCCCAUGGCCCUGCACGUGAAGCAGGCCCUCUCCUCCGAGCAGCAGCCCACAGCCUGGAGCUGCGACCCGCCGCCCAAGGACGCCUCCCUCGGGCCCGGAAGGGGAGAGGGUCCUCCCACACCUCCGUCCCAGGCGCCAGUGUCACCCAAGAAGUUGUUGUCCUCAACUGCAAGCCGGAGUCCCUGCCCCCGGGCUCAGGAGUCGAGGUCCAGUGACCUUGGGAAGAACCUAGCAGAGCCCUUGCUUCAGGAGGACCUGCAGCUGACAAAGCCAGAGAUGUUUGAGAACCCACUAUAUGGGUCUGUGAGUUCCUUCCCUAAGCCGGCGCCUAGGAAAGAGCAAGAAUCCCCCAAAACGCUGCGCAAGGAGCCCCUGCCCUGCCCGGAUCUGGGAACCUCGUCACCCAGCAUCUUGCUUACAAAGGCCCAGGAGGCUGACAGCAGCAGGGGGAUCGGCAAGCAGGGCCCCACGCCCUUCCUCAGCCCCACACCCCGGCUCCGCUCCUUCACCUGCUCGUCCUCGGCCGACGGCAGGACGGCCGGUGGGGACAAGAACCCCGGGAAGACAAAGCCCCCUGCCAGCGCCCAGGCCCCGGUACCGGCCAAGAGGCCCAUCAAGCCUUCCAGGUCAGAAAUGAGCCAGCAGACGGCACCGGUCCCCACGCAGCGGCCACCGCUCCCCGUCAAGAGCCCGGCCGUCCUGCACCUGCAGCACUCCAAGAGCCGCGACUACCGUGAGAACACCGAGCUCCCACACCACGGCAAACACCGGCCCGAGGAGGGGCCGCUCGGCAGGACCGCCAUGCAGUGAAGGCCUUGGUGAGCUGCCAGCGACAUGGGGAGCCCUUGGGAGCAGCCAGAAGCCCGAAUUGGCUUCUCCUGUUGGAUCUCCUGUCAUCUGCGCCCACCUAGCUUCAUACACAAGGCUUUGUAGUGUUCAAGAAAGGGACUAGCUUCCGGAUGGUUGGUAGAGUGCAGCUGGCUGUGAGAUUCAGUGUGAAGUAUUCAGGUUGGAAGGAACCGAGCCCAGGAUGGGCAGCCACCUGCCCACCUGGAUUCCCAGCUUCAGCCUGGCAAGGGGGCCCCCAAGACAUUAAUCAGGCCGCCAUCUUGAAGAAAGAAAUGGAAGUCCAGAUGCAAAGGUGGAUAAAUAAACAAUAAUAAUAAUCAGCAUGUUAAUAAUAAUAAUGGCUGCAUGUCUUGAGCACUCCUUGUGUGCCCAGCACGUGCUUUUCGAACACUGUCAACUAAAACCAAGUUCCCGAACCCCCCAGUUCAAAGCUGGGUAUGUCCCGAGCGGUUGGACAAAGCAUUAAAACAGCCAGCGCCCUUCAGGACUGAGAGGAGGGCUCAGCAUUUAGGGAGCUGAAGAGUCCUGGUGAUUACUUUAGGGUACAGUGAACCCACCUCUGUCUAGCCUCAGUGACGCCAGUCGCUUUAGCUAAAGCCCCGUGUGGUUCCUGCAUAGCCGGAAGGAAACGGAAACCGAGAUCCACACUGCAGUGCAGAAAGCAGCUCGGCCCAGAGCUGGGGAUGGCCAGGCCUCCUCCAAGUGGGCAGCCACCACCGGGCCAGGGCCAGGGCCAGGGCCGAGCCCCACACCAAUCUCAUCUUGCAAAUGCUCCCAAAAGCCGUGUCCCCAGCCCGACUGCUCGGGAGGGGGUUCCUCGGUUUGAGGCUCUAGAAAUAGUGCAGCCUUUUCUUUCCGAAAUCCAUAUCUUUCGGCCCUGCUUCCUUGGUUAAUAAGAGAAUAGAUUGUUGAUGUCUUUCCUUGUUUUGUUUUUGUGUUUUUUUAAAUAAUAACAGAAUUAAUGUAGGAAACGAAACCUGUAAGUGUGUGCGAGUGUGGAGAACGGGUACGUCCCCUAUUCCCACGUUUGUCCGUCCGUGUAACCAAUAAAUUGUGCCUUUCUUCA